AUGCCAAAAGGAGACUAUCCAUCGCUGGCCGAGUACGCGGAGGCUCAAAAGAAAAUGGGCAGCUGCUUGCCGGAAUUUCGAGCCACAAUGAUUAGAUCUGUGCAAAUUGGCGCUGGUUUUGGCGUUCCUUUUGGGUUUUAUGUCGCGUGGCGACAACACGGCCGACACCUCAAGCCAUUCCUGGGAAAAUCAUUUGCCACGUGGCUGACGUCAACACUGACAUUCACUUGUCUUGGACUGAUGGGCGGCACGUACAGUUGUCUGCGCGUCAAAUUUGAAUAAAUAUCUGAAUAUUUAUCUAGUUUUUGUUGUUGUAGAAAUUUUCAAAUUUUUUCAAAUUGUGUUGUAGUAAUAAAUAAAACAAACUGAAGCUUUUC